AUGUUCUCCAUUGUAGUCAUUAUUUUUAUCAAGGUAAUUUCUAGCAAUGUAGCAGCAUCACCUCUAUUAGUAGUAUUAGUUCUCAGUCCGCGUCCCCACCAUCCCCGUGCCCUGGUGGUACCCAGCAAACCUCCACACUGUCCCCGCACCCCAGCGAUUCCCAGCCAGCCUUCCCACCAUACCCUCACCCCGGCGGUUCCCAGCCUGUCUCCCCACCAUCCCCAUUCCUGGGUGGUUCCCAGCCCACCUCUCCACCGUUCCCGCGCCCGGAUGGUUCCCAGCCUGCCUCUCCACCUUCCCCACAACGGCGGUAUCCAGCCUGCCUGCCCACCGUCGAUGGGCCCAGGCUUUUUCCAGUCCACCUCCCCACCAUCCCUGCGCCCUGGCGGUUCCCAGUACAGCUCCCAACAGUCCCCGCACCAGGGCAGUUCCCAAUAUACCUCCCCACUGUCCAUGCCAGCGGUUAACAGCCCACAUCCCCACCUUUCCUGUGCCCGGGCGGUAACCAGCACGCCUCCCCACUGUCCUCGUGCCCGGGGGUUUCUAGACCACCUCCCCACAUCCCAGCCAGCCUCCGUACCAUCCCUGCGCCCAGGCGGUACCUGGCCCGCCUCCCCACCUUCCCCACGCUUGGGCAGUACACAGCCCAUCCCGGGCAGUUCCCAGCCCAUCUCCACACCGUCACUGUGGCCAGGCGGUUCUCUGCCUACCUCCUCACUGUCCCCGUGCUCGGGCGGUUCCCAGCCCGACUACACACUGUCCCAGCGCCGAGGCAUUUCCCAGCCCAAUUCCCCACCAUCCCUGAUUCUGGUCAGUUCCCAGACUGCCUCCCCACCAUCCCUAAUCCCAGGUGGUUCCCAGCCCGCCUCCCCUUCAUCCCCACAUCCGGGCGGUUCUCAUCUCACCUCCCCACCUUCCCUGAUCCCGCCCGGACAGUUCCCAGCCCCCGCCUUCCCACCGUCCCACACCUGGCCUGCCACCCCACUGUCCCUGAUCCCGGGAGGUUCCAAUCCUGCCUGCCCACCAUCCCCGCACCCUGGUAGUUCCCAGCCUGGUUCCCAACUCUCCCGCACCCUGGUGGAUCCCAGCCCGCCUCUCCACCGUCCCCUAUCCCAAGCAGUUCCUAACCUGCCUUCCAACCAUCUCCGCGCCCUGGCAGUUUCCAGCCGCUUCCCCACCGUCUCAACCCCGGGUGGUACCCAGCCACCUUCCCUGCGCACAGGUGGUUCCCAGACCGCCUCCCCACCGUCCCCGAUCCCGGUCGGUUCCCAGCCAGCCACCCCAUUGUCUCUGGGCCAAAAGAUCAUCUUAGCUCUCAUUGGCUGUCCUGAAUUUACCCUCCAAAGGGAAAAUCUGGAUUUGGCAGAGCUUACCAGGAGAAAUUUUAAAAGGGGCAGGGACCCAGUGGCUCACUCUCAGAAGCACCUCAGAACUAGGAGAGUUCAGAAGCUCCCUUUACCUUGCCCUGCAGACACCACUUCUACUCCCCCUGCCUCCUCUGGGGAAAUCCAAAUGCCCUGGUGGUACCCAGCAAGCCUCCCCACUGUCCCCGCACCCCAGCGAUUCCCAGCCAGCCCCUUCCCACCAUACCCUCACCCCGGCGGUUCUCAGCCUGUCUCCCCACCAUCCCCGUGCCCGGGCGGUUCCCAGCCCACCUCCCCACCUUUCCCGCGCCCGGGUUUGUUCCCAGCCUGCCUCUCCAUCCUCCCCACAACCAUCGAUGCCUGCCCACCGUCGAUGGGCCCGCCCAGGCGGUUUCCCAGUCCGCCUCCCCACCAUCCCUGCGCCCUGGUGGUUCCCAGUACACCUCCCCAGAGUCCCCCGCGCCAUGGCAGUUCCCAAUCUGCCUUCCCCCACUGUCCCCGUGCCCAGGGUUCCCAGCCCGCAUCCCCACUGUUCCUGCGCCUGGGUCCUCCGGUAACCAGCACACCUCCCCACUGUCCUCAUCCCCGGGGGUUUCCUAGCCCACCUCUCCACCAUCCCAGCCCACCUCCGUAA